AAUUCACUUUUGGAUAGUCGAAGACUCUGGAAGGAUUGAUUUUUCCAAAAAGAAUUAAGUUAGGCCUAUAAAAAACUACGCCUUAUCCUUUAAUAUUUUAAUUUGUGGCUAGGAGUGUUUAUUUAGCCAUACGCUAAACUGAUUGUAAAAUUGUUUCUUGAAUACCGCUUCUAAAGUCAAUAAUUGUAAAACAAUAUGGCGGCUCCUUUUGUUGCACCCGAAGAUCUGGAAAAGUUGAAAAAAUUCAUCGAUUUUGUGGCCUCGAAUCCUUUAAUUCUAAAUGUGCCCCAAAUGGGAUUUCUUAAAAGAUUUAUAGAAAAGUUCGGUGGCAAAGUUCCAGAGGGUGAAUUCCAAAUGCCGGCUGGAGGAAAAUGCCCAUUUGGUGGUGAUGCAAAGACCGAAACGAAAUCAUGUCCACACCCACCUCCACCAACUCAAUCAGAUGAGGAUGUUGUUGAAGAGUCAGAAGAAUCUGAGGUGGAAUUAGAUAUGGAAGAAAUCAAUGUGCAAUUGUUAGAACCGAACGUUCUAUAUCUCGAUGAAAAGCCGCCAAAAAUUGUUAAAAACAUAAAGGCGCCUAAAAGGGGAGAUCGUUCUAAAAAGAUGGCAAAGAAAAAGGACAUUUCGAAGAAAACUAAAAUAAAAAAAAUUAAAAAACUAAAAGCUCACAACUGUGUGAUCAUAAAAAAGGAGGAGUUACCCAUAAGUGGUUAUGAAACAAGAGCUCAAAGUCGAAACACCACACUGUCGUCGAUCGAUGAUCCUUUGUGCACACCAGAAAAGGAAAUAAAAAUGGAAAACUUGGAUCACAAACUGGAGCAAGAGGAACAGGACGGCACAAAUCAUCGAGAUUCCGAUGUGAAAUCAAUAAACCCUCAUGUUUUCGAUGUGGACGAAAUUAAAUAUAGUGAGAAUGAGGACACAAGCGAAGGCAAAUGCGAAACAAAACAAGAGCAGGAUGACGACAUAAUGUCUCAAGAAGAAUUUUUGGAUGAUGAUGACAAUGGCGAGGAAGAGGAAGAGGAGGAGGGGGACACUGAUAAGGAUGAAGCUAUGGAUUCUGAUGAUGACUACGAGGAUGAACCUUUGAUUUUGCUAACCCGCAAUAGGGGAAGACCUCGCAAAGAUGUGGGCCGAAAUAGAUUGCCGCGUUUGGAGCAAUGCCGGGAAAAAUGUAAACAACAAUGUCCCACCAAAUUUACCGAGGAACAACGACGAUCAAUGUGUGACCUGUACUGGUCGUUGUCGGAAGAUGAAAGACUUCAAUAUAUACGCAAACGUAUUAAGGCCCGUUGUGUGCGUUUGCAGCGUAAACGCAUAACGAAUCGUGGUGGCAAUUGUUGCUACUAUCUCGAUGGCCCCAGUGAGGCCGAUGAAUGUGGCGACAGUCCAAAUUUAAUUAGAGUUUGUCGCAAAUUUUUUGAAACCACCCUAUGCCUAAGGGAUCAUGCCAUUAAGAAAGCUUUGGAGGGCUAUGAGCCAGAAUCGGAAAUUGAAGUGGUCAAACCUUUGCUUGAUCAACAAAAGGAGAACAUCAAAAAGACUGUAGAAAAAGCGGAUGCGGUUGAGCAAUUUUUGGAUCCUGAAACCGGAGAUUUGAUAACCAUAGAUCCAAAGGCAAAGAAGGCCAAGAAACCUUCCUCAGAGGAGCCCAAGAAGAAACGUGUACGCCGCAAACCGGGCGAUCCCCUGCCAGAACAUAAUCCCAAGCCCAUAAAAUGUCAACAACGCUGCAUUCACAAAUGCCAUACGAAAUUCACCGAGGAGGAGCGCAAACAAAUCUGCGAUAUUUUCUGGUCUAUGGACUACAAACGUAGAAAAGACUAUAUAUUGGCGCGUAUAGAAACCAAAGAAAUAGAAUCAGUUACAACGCCCGAAUUUCGCAAGUCAAAUAGACCUCCUCGUGCGUAUCAUACACGAUUCUAUUUGGGAUCUGGUUUACAAGGCGAAAACAAAAGAGUCUGCAAACAUUUUAUGAUGUCCACUUUGUCCAUAUCACGCAUGUUCAUAACAAAUGCCAUCGAUUUUGCGGAUAAAAAAACUGGCUGCUACACGGGAGCAGACCGGAGAGGUGGCCACAAUACGGCCACAACGAAGCUCAAGCCCGAAUACAAGAAACUGAUACAAGAUCACAUCUCCUCAUUUCCCACCUGGAUACCGAAUAAGAAAAGUAAAACCCGCUAUCUGCAUCAUACGCUCAAUAUAAAGCGCAUGUAUUUGGAGUACAAGGAUAUGUGCAAUGCAGAACAAAUGGAAAUCAUGUCGAUUAGUUUCUAUUAUAAAUCCUUCCAUGAAGAUUUCACUUUAUCCUUUCUCACACAUCCCGAACCGAAAAGAAGAGGUGGUUUGACCAACACAAAUCCCAAUAUAUCACACUACACUGGCCUGGAGCCAGGUGGUGUUUGGUUAGAUCCCAAAGGCGAGAAACUCGAUCUAAGUCUACAUAAUCCUGCCGAAAGUUUCAUAAGUUACCCGCGUUUACAGCCAUCACAUACACUAACGACACCACCACCACCGCCACCACCUGCUACCAUAAUAACAGACACAUCGACGGGAGACUCUAUAAGCAAUACCGCUCCCUCGACAACACAAUCGCAGACGCAAGCAACGGCAGUAGUGGGCCAACCUUCAACGUCUUCAUUUAACUUCAAUCAGUCUUUAGGUUAUGCCCAUAUACUAGAUCCUACUACACUCAAUACCAGUUUUAUAUGUCCACCCACUGCGGUACGACACGAGUUUAAUCCUAAUUUGUAUGAUAGUAAUUUACCACACGCACAUGCCGCCUCCACGCCUUCGUUAUUUCGAAGGCUCUAAAUAUCAUUAAGUAUUUUUAUCGUUUAAAUAAAUCUUGUCAACAUACAAAUAAAAAAUUGUUUUAUUUGAAUUUCAAGUGUGAGUCUUUCUUGAAGUAGUAGCUCGGCUGAGAAGGUUGUUAUUUACACGAGAAAAAAAAUUGUACAUUCUUCUAAACAGGCAUUCAAGUCGAAUUUUGUUUAAAAUUAAAAAAAAAAAACAUGAAAGAAAAAAAGCCAAAAAUGUAUGCUUCUAGGUACCGAGGAGAGGUAAUUGAGAUAUCGGUUUAUAUGGGAGCUAUAUUAGGUUAAAGACCGAUUUGUACCGUACUUGGUAUAGUUGUUGGCAGUCGUAACAGAACACUACGUGCAAAGUUUUAGCUAAAUCGGACAAAAAUUGCGGCUCAAGAGUUCAAUUUGGAAGAUCGGUUUAUAUGAGGUUAUAGACCGAUUCGGAUAAGACUCGUCAUCAUGAUCGUUGAAAGUCGUAAGAGAACACUACGUGCAAAAUUUUAGCCAACCCGGACAAAAAUGAGGACUUCUCGGGGCUCAAUAUAUCAAUUCGAGAGAUCAGUUCAUAUGGAAGCUAUGCCAGGUUAUACUCGUAUCGGGAGAUCAGUUUAUGUCAGAUUAUAGACCGAGUUGGACCAUACUUAAAACGAUAGUUGGAAGCCACAACAGAACAUUACAUGUUUAGCCCAAUGCAACUUCUAGGGGUCCAAGAUGUCAAAUCGGGAGACCUAUUUAUAUGGAAGCUAUAUUAGGUUAUACGCCGAUUUGCACCACACUAAAAGGAUUGUUGGAAGUUGUAACUGAACACUAUGUGCGAAAUUUCAGCCCAAGUGCAAGGGACCUUGGUUUGGAGGUGUCUGUUAAAGGAUAAAAUAUACCGCGUAUGGCACUGUAGUUUAAUAUAGUAGUGAGGAGGAUUGAAAGUUUGGGGGGCAGAACAGGGUCCCACUAAGCUAUGUUCCAUCUAGUCUCCAAAAAUUCCGCAGCACUGACCAAGUCCAUCAGAGACUUAGUCCAGUUCAGCUCGUCGCUUAAAAGCCUUCCCUUUGACCCGCAGAUGCUUUUGCAACUCUCAACAGGACUCGGCCAUCAACGAAUAGAGGCCAGAGCCGCCAGUGCUGUUGCGUAACUUUUCAUAAAGAUUGUCACAGUCCGACUGGGUAAGUUCGUCUAUCCUACCAAAAUACCCUAAUAUUGGGUUGCCCAAAUAGUAAUUGCGAAUUUUUUAAAAGAAAGUAAAUGCAUUUUAAAUAAAACUUAGAAUGAACUUUAAUCAAAUAUACCCUUUUUACACUUCUUUUUUUCUAAAGCAAGCUAAAAGUAACAGCUGAUAACUGACAGAAGAAAGAAUGCAAUUACAGAGUCACAAGCUGUGAAAAAAUUUGUCAACGCCGACUAUAUGAAAAAUCCGCAAUUACUUUUUGGGCAACCGAAUAAUUCCAUAGCACGGGACACAUCCAUUUGUGACCUAGUCGUGUCCAGCUAGUCUGCAACACCAUUUCCCGUCAAUAUCUAAUGGCCCGGGUACCAGCACAGCUUGACACCCAUCCCCAUGAUUCAUAGAUGCUCCUUGCAUCUCAUCACGCGUCGACCUCACAAUAACUGGGAUUAGAGCAUUUAUUGACAUGUGAAAAGUUUGCCCCUGUUCCUUAAUGGAAUGUUCAUGGCCAAAUAUGCAAAAAUUUGGCACAUCGUAUUAUUGCCAUAAUUCAUAAGUGCUCGUUACAUCUCCCAACAAGCACGACCUUACAAAAAGUGAGUUUAGCACUUCCAGCACCAACUGCUUAUCCCUUUAAAUCGUUACAGUGCCACCGCAUCUAUCCUACCAAAAUACUCCUUGCCUAUCAAAAUACUCCUUGUUCCUUGGAUCUCAACACCCGUCGACCUCACAAUAACUGAGAUUAGAUCAUUCAUUUAUAUGUAAGAAGUUUGCUCCUGUUCCUUAAUGGAAUGUUCAUGGGCAAAUUUGCAAAAAUUUUGGCACAUCGGAUCAUUGCCAUAAUUCGUAAAUGCUCGUUGUGUCUCCCUAAAAGCACAACCUUACACAAAGUGAGUUUAGCACUUCCAGCGCUAACUGCUUAUCCCUAUAAAUCGUUACAGUGCCACCGCAUCUAUCCGUGUGCGCUCAAUAUGCUAAUAUUUGUAGCUUUGUUCGAUAUUCGUCAAAGCUGGGUCCAACUGAUAGGCAGUCUCAUUUCCUGGCAAACCUUGAUAGCCCGGCAUAGCCUUCUAAUGAUCCGUAGUGCUCCUAGCUUCUAUGAACAAGUUUCAAUCUUACACGAACCGAGUUCAGAGCCUUCUACGUCAACUGAUAGUCUGACAGAUUAAAGUCACUCCUUGUUAUCGUGUCCGGAGACAGCAAGAUUCCGAAGAUUUCCCCGAGCUCGAAGUCACCUGUUUCUAAAUCAGUACAGUUGACGAUGCCAUUUAUGAUGACUCACCGCAGCGGUGUUAUUGUCUUGUUUGAUUGAUUGUUUCUGAUUUUUCCGAAGUGUUGUCCAUAGUGUUUUCCAGAUAUUUGUCGGAUGAGAUUUUAAGACCAAAAAAAGAAAGAAAACAGACAAAUCAAACGAAGGGCACGUCGCAUGUGGUGUAGGUACAAAUGCAAAUGCAAAUUUGCCCAUGAACAUUCCAUUAAAAAAAGGGGCAAACUUUUCACAAAUCAAUGAGUGCUGCCCGAUUCAGUUUUAAGCUCAAUGAUAAUCUCCUUUUUAUAGCCGAAUCCGAACGGCGUGCCACGGAGCGUCACUUCUUUGGGGAGAAGUUUUUACAUGGCAAAUUACCUCAUAAAUGUUGCCAGCAUUAGGAGGGGAUAACCAGCGCUGACAAAUUUUCUGAUCUACCUGUCAAGAUUCGAACCCAGGCUUUCAGAGUCAUAGGCGGACAUGCUAACCUCUGCGCCAAAACAGCACUGGCAGCAUCAGCCGAUAACUGAUCUAAGGGCAGAGAACAAAUAAGUUCGGUAAAAUUGUGUUUGUUUGUUGCCCUUGGCAUUGUUGGAUAAGUUGGAUUGAAUAAGGGAUGUAAGAUUUUAUUUGUUUUCUAUUGUGCUUAUGAAUCAAGUUGUCUUAAAGAGCCCUGUUCAAACUCAGAUGUGUGCAUUGCAACCUACUUUAGUUGGUUUGGAAUGUAAAGCUGAUGAAGAUUCAUUGCGAAUCAAAAAUCGCGAUACAGAUAGUCGGUCAAAUGCUUUUACAGACUUUGCUGUGCUAUUCUUUGAAUAGAAGGCAUGGAACGAAAUGGUCUAUAGCCGGACAAUAUCCUGCAAGAAAAAAAUAAAAUUAAAAUUAUACAAUUAAAAAACAAGUAAAAGCUUGCUAUAAGUUCGGCUCGGCCGAAUCUUUGGAACCCACCACCAUGGAUUCUGCUAAAAAUGUAUACAAACUAAAUUUAGUUGAAGGGCAUAAUUUUAUUCUACAAACCAAACUUCUUCCUUCUAGAAACAGAACUAGAAUAGUCGAUAGUCCAAACUUCUAGGAACAGAACUAGGAUAGUCGAGAGACAGGCUUAUAUGGGAGCUAUAUCAGGUUAUAGACUGAUUUGAACCGUACUUGGCACAGUUGUUGGAAUUCGCUGCAGAACACUGCAUGCAAAAUUUCAGCCAAAUCGGACAAACAUUGGGGUUUGUAAGGGCUCAAGAAGUCAAAUCGGGAGAUCGGUUUAUAUGGGAGUUAUAUCAGUUUUAAAUCGGUCUGUAACCUGAUAUAGCUCCUAUAUAAACCAAUCUCCCGAUUGUACUUGGCACAG